AUGUUUGAAGAGGAACACCACCGUAGAACUCAGAGGUACGUAAAAACCCAAAAAUUCUAAAAAAAAAAAAAAAAAUUUGUUCACCAUGGGGAUUGAACUUGAGCCUUUCACCUGGCAGGCAGGUGCUUUACCAGCUGCGCCAUACGUGCAAUUUGGGAUUUUCCAAGGUUUAAACAUCGAUUCUAGAUCAGAAUUUCAUGCUGAAUCUCAUGGUGUAUUCAGAUUUCGAAUUGGACUCCAGGUUCCCGAGAUACUUAGGCUAACUUCUUCACUUUUGAGUUUUAGGCAUUUUUGACUUCACCAAUAGAUUCAGCGUGGAAUUUUGAUCUAGAAAAAUAUUCAAAAUGCAUGAUUGGCUCAGCGGGUAAAAGAUGAGAUUUCUAGGUGAGAGGUCAGGUGUUCGAGUCCCCAUGGGUGCGGAAUUUUUUUUUUUUUUUUGAAAAUUAUAUUUUCCCAGGCUAGUUUUUCACGCUGAAUCGUUUGCUGCUGACGAAAUUUCCCGGUUCCCUCAAAAAUCAUGAAUUUUUGAUGGAAAAAUGUUCUUUUUUUGAAGAAAAAAAUAAGAAAAGUGUUUUUUUGGGCUUCCUAGUUAGUUAGUUAGUUAUGCAUUGAAAAAAAAACACGAAAACUUUGAAAUUUCAUCUGUUUUUCUAUUUUUUCCGCCUCAAAAAACGAAAAAAAAUAGAUUUUUUUUUGGAUUUUCCCCUUAAGAAGCCUCAUUAUGUUCGGAAGUUCUCAGAUUUUUUUUUCAUCGCAAAAAAGUGUCAUUUUCAGGCCACGCCCACCACAUUUCUUAUGAAAAACUAGAAAAAAAUCAUUUUCUUUGCAGUUCGCGUCAAAAACCAGCUUUGCCUACGAUUUCUCGACAAAGACCCGCUACAGUACACCACAAAAAAGUGAGUUAUGCGAAAUUUUAUUGAUUUUUUCGAAAUCUACAUGAAAAACUAGCCCGGGGGACUUUUUUUCUGGGUGAAAUUGAGGAUUUUUGAAUUUUUCAGAGGUUCUUAGGGUGUUUUUUAGGGUUUUUAGAAGAUUUCAGAGGUUAAGAAUAUUUUCACGUGAUUCCUGGUUAAAUUUCGAGUUUUUAGACACCCAUUUUCAUAGGGUUCCGUGAAUUUUGAAAUUUAGGGCCUUAAAGGACCCCCUAAGGUCAUUUUUCGAUUUUUGGAUUGUGAUAUGUCUUUCGAACCGGAAUUUUACGGGGAAUCCGAAAAUCACCAUGAAAUUCUGAAAUUCCUAUGAAAUCUUUGGUUUUUAUACGAAAAUUGGGAUUUUUAGAGGUUCCUAGGGUGUUUUUUAGGGUUUCUAGAAGAUUUCAGAGGUUCCGAGUGUGUUUUUGAGAUUCCUCGUAAAAUUUCGAGUUUUUAGACACCCAUAUUCAUAGGGUUCCAUGAAUUUUGAAAUUUAGGGCCUUAAAGGACCCCCUAAGGUCAUUUUUCGAUUUUUGCCUUGUGAUAUGUCUUUCGAACCGGAUUUUCACGCUGAAUCCGAAAAUCAACAUCAUAGAUCUUAAAUUCCACUAAAAAUCUGAAAAUUUCAGCCUCAAAUGCUUGAACCGAACACCCUUUCAGUGUGUCCAAUGAUGUCGGGAAAUCAGCAUAUUUCUCGAAGUGCUUCGAGUUCACCAAGACGUUCAGGACCACCAGAACUACAGUAAGACUAUUUUUGGCUGGAAAUUUGGGAUUUUCAGCCAAAAAAAGCUGAAAAUCUGAAAAUGUGAUUUUCAGACGUCGCGAAUCGGUUUUACAAAUGUUGAAUCGAAUUUGGAAAUCUGAUGAAUGCUCAAAAAGACCGCCGAUUGAGAAAAAACACGCUUUGGAUGUUCCACAGUAGGUUUUUGGGGCGAAAAAUCUGAAAAUUCUGAAAAUUUGAAAAAUUUGAGCCGGGUAGGUGAAAAAUGGUGCGAUUUUUGACAGCCUGAAAAAAUUCGACUUUUACGAAGUAGGCAAAUUCCGGUGUGAUUUUUGACAACCACAGAAAUUCUAGAAGUAGGAGAAAUAUGGUGCGAUUUUUGACAGCCAUGAAAACUGAUGAGGCAAAUUCCGUGGUGAUUUUCGACCUUGAAUUUCAUAGGGUAGGAAAAAUAUGUCAAGAUUUUUGACAUCCCCAAAAAAAUGCGGUUUUUUCAAAGUAGGCAAAUUCCGUUGUAAUUUUUGACACACAAUUUCAAGGUAGGAAAAAUAUGUCAAGAUUUUUGACAACCACAGAAAUUCUGAAAGUAGGAGAAAUAUGGUGUGAUUUUUGACAUCCCCAAAAAAUGCGAUUUUUUCGAAGUAGGCAAAUUCCGGUGUGAUUUUUGACCUAAAAUUCAUUAUGGUAAGAAGGGUUGUCAAAAAUCGCACCCAAUUUCCCCUAACCUGUCAAAAAUCACACCGGAAUUCCCCUACUUCCAAAAAACCCGCAAAUUUUCUAGAGGCAGUCAAAAAUCGCACCAUAUUUCACCUACUUUUCUCAUUUUCUCUUCACUUGAUCAUAAAAUCAGUGAAGCUUGAAAAAUUCAAUUUUUUUUUGAGCACAAAAAAAAUUGAGCACAAUUUUUUUGCUCAUUUUUCCAAAGUUCAUACGAAUUUCCGGCUCAGCUCAGAAAAAAAAUUAUUUUUUUUUGAAAAAAAAAAAUUCGCGCGCGAAAAUAUGCUAAGCUUAUUACGAAAAUUAGUUUUUGGGUGAGUUUGAAAAAAAUUUAAAAAAUUUUUUUAAAUUUUAAAAAAAAAGUAGGGAAAUUCCGGUGCGAUUUCUGGAAACCGGGAUUUUUUGAAAGUAGGCAGUUUCCGGUGUGAUUUUUGGAACAAAUUUUGGAUUUUUGAACGAAAAUCACACCAUUUUUCACCUAUUUUUCGGGGAUGUCAAAAAUAUUGACAUAUUUUCCCUACUCGAAAAAAAAAAUCCAUGAAAAAUCUCUUGAAAAAUCCGGCCACUUGACAUUUUUUUGCCUUUUUUUCUCAAAAAAAUGAGAAAAUAUUUUGCGUAAGUCAAUUUUCAGCAAAUUUUCAGCCAAAAAAUCAAUAUUUUUCCAGGGAGCCUUUAUCUCGACAAUUAUCACUUUCUGAUACAAAUGUUCAUCCAAUUCGACCGUCUUCUUCCAAACUUUGUCUAACUACAAAACAGAAACGAUUGCUCAGAGUAGGUUUUUUCGUGGAUUUUUGAAUUUUUCGUGAAAUUCCGGUUCGAAAGACAUAUUACAAGGCAUAUUUUGGAGGAAAAAUGAUUUUCAGACCUCAUUUUCAGCUCCAAAAUUUGAAAUUCUGAAAAAUUGUCCAAAAACUUCGCGAGAACCGUCUCCUGGCCUAAUUUUUCAUGCUGAAUUCGAAAAAAUCAAUAAUUCUGCUUGAAAAUUAGAGGUUCCUAGAGAAAAAUCAAUUUCAGACCUCAUUUUCAGCUCCGAAAUUUCGAAUUUUCAAAAAUCCCCCAAAAACCUCGCGAGAACCGUCUUUCGACCUAAUUUUUCACGUAGAAUCCGAAAAAAUCAAUAAUUCUGCUCGAAAUCCAGGAAUUCCUCGAGAAAAAUUAAUUUCAGACCUAAUUUUCAGCUCCAAAAUUUGAAAUUUUCAAAAAUUGUUCAAAAAUCUCGCGAGAACCGUCUCCCGACCUAAAUUUUCACGCUGAACUCGAAAAAAUCAAUAAUUCUGCUCAAAAUCCAGAAAUUCCUUGAGAAAAAUGAUUUUCAGACCUCAUUUUCAGCUCCAAAAUUUGAAAUUUUCAAAAAUCAGCCAAAAAUCUCGCGAGAACCGUCUCCCGGGCUAAUUUUUCAUGCUGAAUUCGAAAAAAUCAAUAAUUCCGCUCAAAAUCCAGAAAUUCCUUGAGAAAAAUCAAUUUCAGACCUCAUUUUCAGCUCCAAAAUUUGAAAUUCUGAAAAAUUGUCAAAAAAUCUCGCGAGAACCGUCUCCUGAGCUAAUUUUUCAUGCUGAACUCGAAAAAAUCAAUAAUUCUGGCUGAAAAUUAGAGAUUCCUGGAGAAAAAUGAUUUUCAGACCUCAUUUCUGGCGAUGAAUUCGGGCGGCACAUUUCUCAAGUUAAUGGAGAAGAUUUUCCGGCGUCUCGAAGCUCGUUUCCCCGAUAUGCGUUCAAUAUUUCUCACAACCGCUUUCGUAAAUUCCUUAGCUCCGCCACGUGGCCAAACAAUUCCAGCAUGUCGUGUAAAAACCGAAUUAGAUCACUCAAGAUGUUUAUGUGGGAUCUUCGAAAAACUAAUCGAUAAUUUGGAGAAUUUGGAUGGCGAGUUAGCCGAAGUUCGGCAUUUUGGUGAAAAACAUGCACAAAUGGCUGAAAGUGGUUUUGAUGGUGGAAUGAUUGAAGAAUUUGGAGAGGAAGCUAUGGCUAUUAUUGGAGCAUGUGAUAAUAUUAAAUAUAAUCAUGAAAUUGUCAAAGCUUGGAGAUUAUUAUUGGCUUGUGUUACUGAUGAAAUGAAGGUAGGGCAAUUUGGCUGCGUAUCUAGAUUGUUGACUGAGUAUCUAAUGUGUUUGGGAAGCUUUCACGAAGUUUCUUUGAUUUGGCUGCGUACCUGAGUAGUUAACUGAGUAUCUAAUGUUGUUUGAAUUACACAUUCUUAACCUCUAGAUCCUAAUUGGCUGCGUACCUGAGUCGUUAGCUGAGUAUCUAAUGUCUUUUCUGAAAAAUUUGACUGCGUAUCUUAAGAGAGUUAGCUGAGUAUCUAAUGUCUAGGCUUUCACGAAGCUUCUUUGAUUUGGCUGCGUACCUGAAUAGAUUUUUUUUGGUUUUGAAAGUGUAUUAAUUUGGCUGAGUAUCUAACCUUGGAAACCUGAUUUAAUUUGGCUGCGUACCUGAGUAGUUAGCUGAGUAUCUAAUGUUUCCCAAAGGACUUCAAAUUUGGCUGCGUACCUUAUGACUUACCUGAGUAUCUAAUGUUAUCCUUAGAUUGAUUUGGCUGCGUACCUGAUCAGUCGGCUGAGUAUCUAAUGUGUUUUGAAGAUUUUUUUUAAUUUGGCAGCGUAUCUAGUUUGUAGGCUGAGUAUCUAAUGUUAUUCUUAAAUUGAUUUGGCUGCGUACCUGAUCAGUCGGCUGAGUAUCUAAUGUCUUUUUGGGGAACCUUUAUAAUGAUUAUUUAAUUUGGCUGCGUACCUGUUCAGUUAACUGAGUAUCUAAUGUCUAGGCUUUCACGAAGCUUCUUUGAUUUGGCUGCGUACCUGAGUAGUUAGCUGAGUAUCUAAUGUUUAUACACCACCUUGGAAACCUGAACAAAUUUGGCUGCGUACCAAGAUUGUAGGCUGAGUAUCUAAUGUGUUUCGGAAGCUUUCACAGAGCUACUUUGAUUUGGCUGCGUACCUGAAUAGUUAGCUGAGUAUCUAAUGUUUCUAUACCACCUUGGAAACCUGAAUCAAUUUGGCUGCGUACCUGAAUAGUUAGCUGAGUAUUUAAUGUUUCUAGACUACCUUGGGAACCUGAACUAAUUUGGCUGCGUACCCAGAUUGUAGACUGAGUAUCUAAUGUUUCUAUACCACUUUGAAAAUCUGAUUAAAUUUGGCUGCGUACCUUGAUUAUUGACUGAGUAUCUAAUGUUUUUCAAAUCAUGAAAUCAUUGCUCAUUUUAGCUGAUCACCUCAAAGUUCAUUCAAAUUUCCGGUCUAAAAAACCAAGUCAGUCAAAAAUCUCACUCGAAUUAGAUACUCAGCCAACAGGUACGCAGCCAAAUUCAAUUCAAUUUGGCUGCGUACUUGACUGAGUAUCAAACGUUUACAGGUUGGCUACGAUCGAAUGUCGCGAAUAAAUACAAGAAGAAACAGUAUAAAUCCGCCAAGCUCACAACCUUCGCCUUCUUAA